AUGGCGCAGCUAUCGAGCCGGCAACAACUGGAUCUGCACAAAUCGAUGCUUGAUUACCUUUACAACGCCGGAUUCACAAAGACGUUCAACGAGUUCCGUUCGGAAGUGCCUGAGCUGGCAGAUUUUGUGCCGGAUCCUACAUCGCCAGCCAGCGGCCUACUAGUGAAGAAAUGGACGAGCAUAAUCCGGAUGCAGCGCAAGGUGAUGGAUCUCGAGGCCCGCCUGGCACAAGCGCACGAGGAGCUCGCGAACGCAGGCCCAGCCGCGUCCGACAGCGCGAAACGCGUGAACAAGGAGUGGAUUCCGUCCUCGACGCCCAAGAACACCCUCGUCGGCCAUCGCGACAAGAUUAACUCGAUCAGCUUUCACCCGCUGUACUCUGUGCUCGCCUCCGCGUCGGUGGAUGCUACUGUGAAGAUUUGGGACUGGGACACGGGCGAGUGCGAGCGCACGCUCAAGAGCCAUACGAAGGCUGUCUCGGACUGCCAGUACGAUUCAACGGGCAAGGUGUUGGCUACUUGUUCGGAUGAUUUGUUCAUCAAGCUGUGGAAUGUCCCAGACGAUUAUAAGAAUUAUGCGACGUUGCGCGGACACGAACAUUCCAUCUCAAGCGUCAACUUCAUGCCAGGGGACGCUCAACUGAUAUCAGCCAGUCGCGAUAACACCGUUCGCGUAUGGGACGUCCAAACGAGUCAUUGUAUAAAAGUGUUGAAGCCACAUACAGAAUGGAUCCGGUCGGCGUUGCCUAGUGCAGAUGGACGGUUGAUGUUGACAUGCUCAGACGAUCAUACCGCUCGUAUAACCGACAUGGAAAGCGGAGCGAUGAAAAUAGAAAUGCGAGGGCACGACAAUCGUAUCGAAUGCGCAGUGUUCAUUCCUCAAGCCUCGAUCCCCGCAGUUCGAGAACUGGUUGCUCUGCCGGCAACUGUCCAAUCAGCAAAGGUCGAUUCUCUGGGUAUCUCGUUCGUGAUAACUGGGUCGAGAGAUAAGACCAUCAAACUUUGGGAUGCACUGCGAGGGCAAUGUUUGUGGACCUUUGUGGGCCAUGACGGUUGGGUACAAGCACUUACUUUCCACCCAUGCGGGAAAUUCCUUCUUUCCGCCGCCGAUGAUCAUACUAUGCGUGUAUGGGAUCUGAAAACAGGAAGAUGUCUAAAGAAGAUCGAAGCACAUAAUCCAUUCGUGCAAUGUGUAGCAUGGGGUCCAACACCUGUAACAGAAGGAAGUGACGAUUCAGACCGGAUUGUGAAUGUAGUGGCUACAGGCGGAACAGAUAAGCUGAUCAAAAUCUGGAGACCGUAA